AUGAAUUUUGAUGAAAUUCUCCGUCUUAUCGGAGGCUUUGGGAAGUUCCAGAAGACCUUGUAUAUAUGGAUCUGUCUACCUCAGAUCUUUCUUGCGUUCCACAUGCUGGUUUCUGUCUUCACUUCGGCUGUUCCUCCUCAUUUAUGCCGCUCCACGCGGACCUCAGCGGGUACUCCGGCCUCUGUGAACUUCAGCUCUCUGACCACCCCGGAUGGCCGACCUGACCUGUCCUGCUCGGUCCCCUUGAACCACAGCGGCGCUGUCAGUCUCGGGGAUGGACGCCCUGCUGGGAGCUGCCAGGGGGGCUGGGAGUACAGCACCCAGACCUUCCAAAGCACCAUUGUCACUGAGUGGGACCUGGUUUGUGACAGUGCCAGCCUGAACAACAUGGGCUCCUCCAUCUACAUGUUUGGCCUCCUUGUUGGAGCCGCAGUGUUCGGGAGCUUAGCUGAUAAGUACGGUCGCAGGAUCAUCAUCCUCGUCAACCUGGCCAUCCAGGCUGUGUUUGGGGUCGGUGCCGCUUUCGCCCCCAAUUUUUACGUCUACACUGCCCUUCGCUUUAUGGUCGGCAUGUCCAUCUCCGGUGUCAUAAUGAAUGCGUUCGUUCUAGGCACAGAGUGGACGGGAGCCAAGCAGCGGAUGCUGGCCGGUAUAAUCACGGACUACUUCUUCGGUUUCGGCUACAUUAUGCUGGCUGGAGUGGCGUACCUCAUCAGAGACUGGCGUAAACUGCAGCUGGCUAUUUCAGCACCUGGCUUCCUCUUCAUCUUCUACAUCUGGGUGCUGCCAAAGUCGGCUCGCUGGUUAAUGGCCAACGACAGGAAGGAGGAGGCGUGGGAGCUGAUCCGGAAAGCGGCGCAGAUGAACGGGAAGCCCCUCACCAAAGAUCUGGAGAUGUCUGAGAUGUAUAAAGUUGAAGAGAAAACAGAGCUGAGGAAAAAACACUCGUUCAUAGACCUGGUUCGAACCCCGAAAAUGAGGAAGCAGUCUCUGAUUGUUUUUUAUCUCUGGUUUGUGAACGUGCUCGUGUACUACGGCCUCUCCCUCAACAUCUCCGACUUCGGGAUGAACAUCUACCUGACCCAGAUGAUCUUCGGCCUGGUGGAGAUGCCUGCACGCACCAUCACCCUGUUCACCCUCAACCGCUCCCGCAAAAUCUCCCAGCUGGCUUUCCUGGCGGUGGGCGGCACCGCCUGCCUGCUGACCAUCUUCAUCCCCAGUGACCUGUCUGUCAUCAAAACAGUCCUGGCCAUGAUUGGGAAGUUUGGAAUCACAGCUUCUCUGUCCAUUAUUUAUGUCUACUCGGCGGAGGUGUUCCCCACUGUCAUCAGACAAAAUGGGAUCGGCAUCGGCUCCAUGUGUGCUCGGACUGGAGGCGUCCUGGCUCCCAUGAUGUAUCUGCUGAGGAGCAUCAGUCCUCAGGCUCCCAUGGUCCUGUGUGGUCUCUGCCCCCUGCUGGGCUCGGCCCUCACCCUGCUGCUGCCCGAGACGGCCAAUAAGCCCCUACCUGACACCAUCGCAGACAUCGAGGGAACCGGCCUCAGCGAGGAGGAUGGCGGCGUGAAGCUCGUCAUCUUCGACGCGUCUCUGAGGAACACGAACAAUGAAACUUACUCCAUACGUAAGGAGUCGCUAGGAGCUGAGGAUUCUGGUCUCAUGGUCAUCGUCUUUAAGCUGCCACAGCAUCUGUAUUUUGAACUUCAGGUUAUAAAAGCACUGGUCUCAGGGUGGUGUCGAUUGGUCUCCAGCCAGAGGAUGGGAACCAAAGCCAAGUUCAGGGACCAGGUGUGA